GACAACAUCACGACCACUGAGAAGGAGCGACAUGGCCGACAAGGACAAGAAGGGCAAAGACAAGGCCGUGGCGGCGGACGCGGGCGCCAUUGACGAUAUUUUUGCGGCGCCCAAGCCUAAGAAGGACAAGGGCAAGAAACGCGACGACAAGAAGGCCAAGGUGGAGGAGGCGGCGCGGAGGAGCGAGGUGAAGGAGAAGAAGAAGAAGAAGGAGAGGGAGAAGGGAAAAGAAAAGCAUCAGGAGGAGGAGCCAGAAUCGGGCGCCGUCGAAGAGGUCGUCGAUCCCUCUGUCGCUGUCGUCGCGGCUCUUGGGCGUGCAAAGGAGGCGCGCGCUUCGGGGAAACGCGACCGCAAAGAGGUUGAGGAGGACCGUAUGUGGCGCGAUAGCCGAGGCGACGCCGAUCGCAAGCGCACGGAAGAAGGAUACUUCGUGUUCAAGGAGGCUGAGCUAGGCAUCGACCCCGAGGCGGGCGGCACACCUCUCUGCCCCUUCGACUGCGACUGCUGUUUCUAGUUGUACAAGUGAUGUCAUGCCUAUAUGUACUCCUAGUCCUUCGCCCACCCGAGGAAUCACGUAACCAUAUCUGCGGUCAGGCAGAACAACCCGUAACUCACAGAAGUAGUCGUCGACAAGCGGAAGGUAUCCGCCGAUGAGGUCGCCCGCAAGAGAGAUGAGCGGAAUGCGGCCAAGGAAGUUGAUGACGCCCACGACCUUGGGGCGAGUCCAUCCGAUCCACAUAGGGCCUUGGAGGAAGAAAUGGGAAGCAAUGCGGCGGUCGGCGUGGGCGUAGUGCUCGGCGAGGAGAGUAGAGUCGCCAAUGGGCGCAC